GGCCAGGACUUCCUGAACUGCAACCAUGGGGAAGAUCAUCUUUUACGAAGGCUACAACUUCCAGGGACGCUCUUACGAGUGCUCUGAAGACUGCUCUGACACCUACAGGCACUUUAACUGCUGCAACUCCAUCCGGGUCAUGGGAGGUCACUGGGUGGGCUACGAGAAGCCCAACUACAUGGGUUAUCAGUACGUCCUGGGCCGUGGGGAGUAUCCUCACUUCCACAACUGGAUGGGCUUCAACAAUUGUAUCAGAUCUUGUCAGAUGUUCCCCCCUUACAGAGGAGGUUACCGCAUGAGAAUCUACAACAGACCUGAAAUGUACGGACAUAUGAUGGAGUUCCCCGACGACUGCCCCAACGUCUACGACCGCUUUGGCUACCACGGCAUCUACUCUUGUAACAUUAUGGAGGGUUAUUGGAUCUUUUAUGAGCACCCCAACUACAGAGGCCGUCAGUAUUUCCUGCGACCUGGCGAGUACAGAGCCUGCGGUGACUGGGGUUGCAUGAAUCCCAUGAUCGGCUCUUUCAGAAGAAUGAGAAGCAGUUUCAUGUAAACAGAGUCUCUUUCCUAAUUACCAUUAAAGACUU